UAUCGUAGAUCCCGGUGGAGUCGCGGUGCAGCAUCCAAACAGAUCGCGAUACCAUCAAGUCCAACACCCACUUGCUCCGACCAUUGUCAAUCCAAUCCACACCCUUGACUGAUCAAAUCAUCCAACACCUCCCAGACGUUCCCCAAAACACCAAUUAACACUCCAAACACAUCAACGACUAAUUACCGCAAAAUUUAAUUAAAACAGUGAAGUAAAUUUGGUAACAGUUAAUUGGGAAUUUGAUCGGAGGGGUCUGGCAAAAUUGACACAAUUUCGUGUAUCCAUCGUAACGUGGAGAAAGACUUUAUUCCACCCGUGUGGAUCACUCAUGCCAAUGUGAAUCUCAACGUAAUUGGAAGCCACAAAUACAAUUCCGAUUGGUGGUAGAACAGCGUGGGAAAAGUAGGUCGUACAUUAAAUGCGGUUAGCAAUUGCUUGGGGUGUAUGUAUCAGUGAGUUAUACCGUGGAACAGUCUCAUUCAUUCACCAACUCCCAACGGGAAAUUGUAUCAAUAAGACUCAUUACCGAUAGUCUGAAGACCGUAGUGUUGAUUCACCAUUACUAAACAGUGAAUUCUGAAUUCUCAAAUAUUACCACAGCCGGCCAAUGACCUGAGAUCACUGGGAAUUCACUAUUAAAUGCAUCUCAAGUUGAAACAAUAAACGCAUUGGCGGAUCCUCGGCAUUCCUCCGUAGAAUUUCCUAGCGUUGGAAUUCACGAGAUGUUACAAGUACGCUUGUGUUGAGGCAAUUGCUCUUGACUGGGAGGGUAAAAAAAUUGGUCGUGCAUUGUUUUCCGGUCGUCUUAUAUCCCCAGAAAAUUCAAAACGAAAACAUUCCUUCGUCACGGAUGGAGAUCACUGAAUAAUUCAAAUUCCAACGUCGACAACGUCAGUUGUUCGUGAGAAGACUCGAGCUGGAGAAUACCUUUACGACUGUGUUCUGCAUAUGAAAAUACACCCCAGGGAGUUGUGUAAAACUCGAUAAAACCGGCCCGUCAUCGUUUUCCCGUAUUUUCGUAUCAAAUUCAGGGGGAGCAGUUGCUCCAUCAACCUGUACACCCACUUCGACGUGGUACCUACCUAUUUCGACACGGUACCUAAGAUCGAGCAAGCUUUACGAAUGACGUGUCCCCUCGGGACUCGUGUCCGAUCAAGAUAAAUUGGAGUCUAGCUAGACGAGAGGAGCAUCGAUCAAGAUUGAAGGUGCAAUAUUUGGAAGGCGUAUAAGGAAUUUUCCUGUACCAAAAUGAAAAAGGUAGAUUAGAGUGGAGUUGAUUCUCAAAGAGUUGAUUCUACCUGACGCCAUUCGAGAGUCCUUGAUAAAUUCUCAUAAACUGGAAUCAUCUCUUGAAUUAUUGUUUCAUCUUAAUGCCAUCAUUCCCAUCGGGUUCACGAGUAACCCAGUGCCCGAUCAAGAUGAAUUGAUGUUCAUCAGAACAUCAAUCAAAAUUGAAGGUGCAAUAUUAUGAGAACGGAGAAGAAUUCUGGUGUACCACAAUAAAAAGCUGAAUCGGAGUGAGGGUGAUUGUGCAAGUUCCGUGAAUUAACCGGAGAGUUAUUGAAAAAUUCCGAUGAACUUUCCACCGAAGGAGAACACUCUUGGGACAGCAGUUGUAUCAUGAUCUGAAGGACACUCUUCAUCUUCAAUUAUUGUUUCAUCUUCCGCCUUCGGAGUGUGUCCACGGUCAAGGUUCACGGAUGACAUGUCCUCCUGAGACUCACGUCCGAUCGAGAUAAAUUGAAGUCCAGAUAGACGAUAGGAGCAUCGAUCAAAAUUAAAGGCGCAACAUUGAGAAGACGUAGAAGUAAUUCCGAUGUGCGAGAAUAAAAAAUAAACUCGAUUAAAGUGAAGUUGAUCGUGCAAGUUGGCCAGAAUUAACCCGAGAGUUGAAAAAUAGUGAUAAGGUAUCAACCGCAGCUCUACUGAAUCACCAAGAGAAGAGCAGUGGGAGAGAAGGGCCGUGGCACCACGAUUUGAAGACCACUCUUCAUCCUCAAUUCUUGUUUCAUCUUUCACUAUCAGCCACAACUUGAUAUGCCAGAGGCAACCUAAUUAAUCACGGUGCACUAACGAGCUUGCUGGGAUCCCCGCGGUCUCACGGACCCCCACCUCCUUAACGACACCCACGAGAGACUUAACUUGCAACGUCGCUGCUUGUGUAUGUGGCACAGACAGUAGCUGAUCUUACUCUGUUAAAGAGGGCAAUAUCUUCUCAAGAAUAGAAGCGCAGCCACUCAAACGUACCUCAGUGUAGCAAGUUACGAUGGCCCUCAGCAUCGGUAUCAUCAGUUACUCGAUAACAAGCUUUUAGCCUUUUUUGACCGAAGCUUACAGCACACCAAUGGGUAUGUAUACCACGUUUUCAAAUGCUGAAUUGAGGACUCUUGAUGGUAUCCGGUGAAAUUGAGUUUGACUACGUCCAAUUCCACCACACUAUUUGCUGUACGAUCGAGGGAUAUUCUCCGAAUUGAAGGACAUGCAUGAUACGUUUUAUCGGGUUGCAGUCAUGAUGAUAUUGUGCGCCGAUCAACAAUCCAAAUAAUUACACCGACAGUUAAAGAAGAGAGUAUCAAGACGAUUUGGUGAACUUUGCCUCGAGUGUGCUAUCCCAAAUUCGUAUUGAGCUUCAUCGAAUAUCCUCCAGCUCAGUGAAUAAUUGAUCACUUGAAAUGGUAUAAUCCAGCGAUUCGAUCCUGCAUGUGCGACGAAAGCAUCUGGGUUAUGGCAUGAGGACAUUAUCAGUGAAAGCAACCUGCGGGCCCAGCGAGGUGGAGGAUGAGGAUGGUGAUGGGUGUCAUGGUGCUGGGUCAGCUUUUGAUGAGGAUCCUGUUGGCUGCUCAUGCCGUAGAUCGGCUGGCAGCUGCCCGCAGGAUACUUCGGGAUGUGCCACUCAUAGAUGGGCACAACGAUUUACCCUGGAAUAUUCGCAAGUUCCUGAAAAAUCAACUGCGUGACUUUAGGUUUGAGGAUCUGAAAGGCAGCCAGCCGUGGUCACAAUCAGCCUGGAGUCACACUGAUCUCAGAAGACUGAAGGAGGGCAUGGUAGCAGCUCAAUUUUGGUCGGCGUACGUGCCAUGCUCAUCCCAGCAUCUCGAUUCAGUUCAAUUGGCCCUCGAGCAGAUAGACUUAAUUCGCCGUCUUGUUAAUAAACAUUCACAGCAUAUGGUUGUUGUUACAACAGCUGAAGGAAUCGAAAAAGCCCACAAAGAGCAUAGAUUAGCCAGUCUUAUAGGAGUUGAAGGUGGCCACGCCGUCGGGACGAGCUUAGCUGUGCUAAGAAUGUUCUACGAGCUUGGCACAAGAUAUUUAACCUUGACACAUACAUGUAAUACCCCUUGGGCAGACUGCAGUACAGCGGACGAGCCUGGUCAAGUGCCUCACGUCGGUGGACUUUCUAGAUUUGGAAAGAGUGUAGUCUGGGAGAUGAACAGACUGGGCAUGAUGGUGGAUCUCUCUCACGUAUCUGUACCAACUAUGCUGGAUGCCAUGGCGGUCUCCAAAGCCCCUGUCAUUUUCAGUCACAGCAGUGCACAUGCACUUUGCAAUUCGUCGAGGAAUGUGCCCGAUCAUGCACUUCGAUUGCUGGCACAAUCAGGAGGUAUAGUGAUGGUAUCCUUCUACCCACAUUUUGUUAGCUGCGGAGAGAGGUCAACUCUGGAUGAUGUUGUCGCGCAUAUUAAUCACGUACGAAAAGUGGCAGGGACAAACCACGUGGGACUUGGUGCUGGAUACGAUGGAAUUAAUCUAACACCUGCAGGUCUUGAAGAUGUAAGUAAAUAUCCAGAACUGUUUGCUGAACUCUUGGCACAAGGAUGGUCGGAAGGAGACAUUCAGAAACUCGCUGGUCUUAAUCUAAUUAGAGUAUUCAAAUCAGUUGAACAGAUAAGAGAUCGAAUGGCAGCAGAUGGCAUGGAGCCACUGGAGGAAGAUAUCCCUAACGAGGACAUCCUCGGAAGAGACUACUGCCGUUAUAAUCUUAAGCAUCAUCUCGCCAUUACACCUUGAAGGACACUCCAACAUGGUGCAUAAUUGUGAAUUCUCAUUCGAUAUUUUUUACAAACGUCAUUAGUAAAUUUUCUCAAUUUAAUUACGUUGUGAAUGUUUGUAAUCGAUUGAAUAAUACGGAAAUGAAUUUCGGGAAAGGUUCUGUGAAGAGUGAUAAUGAUUCUGGUGGGAAUUGAAGUGACAGCAGUGCGAAAUUACGAAUGAUACAGUGAAAAAAUGAGAUUAUCAAUCCUCAAGAAAACAUAUAAAUAUGGACCAUUGUAAUGUUCUAUUA